GCGGCGGCCCCUCCCCCUGGCCGGGCCCGGUCUGGGCUCCGGACACUGGACACGUGGCUGCGGCCCGGCCUCCGGACAGUGGGAGACAAACAGGAAGAAGUGGAAAUCCUCAGCAGUCUUCGCACAAGUAUCGUCUUCCCCUCGCUCACUCGAGUGGAGACUGAGUAGCUUUGCAAGCAUGACUGGCCAGAAAUACAAGACUCGAACCAUCGAGGAAAAAUACAAGAUUAUAAAAUAUGUGGAGGAGCACCCUGAAAAGAUGAAGAAAGCAGUGGCGCAAAAAUUUAACAUCCCUCCCGCCACCCUCUCAACCUUCCUGAAAAACAAGGAGAGAAUCGCCGCUGACCACCAGCAGAACUUUUCAAGCCGGAGAAAACGAAUGCGAACUUCAGCCUGUCCCAAUGUUGAAUCAGCUUUGCUGGGCUGGUUCAAGCAGGUGAGAGCGGCUCACCGCCCUACUCCCUCCGACCUCAUCCUGCUGGAGAAGGCAAACAAGUUGGCCAAAGAAUUUGGAAUUGACUCUGUUUCAGCAUCGUGGAUCAGCCGCUUCAAAAGCCGGCAUGCAAUUAAGUCCAGGUCAGGACAUGAUGGGGUGAGCGAGGAUCCUAGCGGUGGUAAGGAAGUCGGCAAGACCGGUUUGUCAGGAGACACUAAAAUUGCUGCUGCGACUAAGAAUGAGCAAGAAACAGAAGCUAAUGGAUCCAGUGAGCAGGCACUGGCAGAUACACCAGCCCCCACCAUGGCCAUGGCUUCCAGCUCUGUGCAGUUGCUGAGGAAGUGGCUAGCAACUAAGCCAGCAGUCCCGAUGGAACUUUUCUCUGCACUGAAUCAAAUUGAGACCUUUGUGGAGGAAUGUGCACUGAGAAAGAAGCAAAAAACAAGGGCAGAGAAAUUUACAAAAUGACUUUACUUUGCAUUGCUUUGCAUCUCAAAUUUUAUUCAAGUGAAUUUCAGUUGUGGCUUUGAAUUUUUCGCAGAAUCACAGAAUUGUUACCUCAGAGAAGGAGGCCAUUCGAUGUGUUGUGUCUACACCAGCUCUCCAAAUGAGCAAUGUCAACCCUCUGCCUUCUCCCCAUAGCCCUGCACAUUCUUCCUUUUCAGAUAAUAAUCCAAUUCCCUCUUGAAUGCCUCAAUUGAACCUGUGUACUGGGAGAGAAGCAAAAACCAAGCACUUGACUCUACUUUGCACUGCUUCAUUUGUACAGUUUUGAAGCUUUAUUGAAGUGCAUUUCAGCAGUGACUUUGAUGUUUUCACAGAAUCAGUUUUGUGCAGUUCUUUUUAAAUGUUCUGCUGUAUAGUGCCAUUAAAAUUCCAUCAUUCACACCGCUGGAUAAUUCAACCUCUUUUCAAGAACAAAAAUGACAGAAUUAAGAUGAAUAUUCUAUUUAUGUGAAUUUCUGUCACUGAAAUAGGCCUUGUUUUAAAAUGGUUUGUAUUGUUCUGGCCCCAUCUCCAUUUAUGUUGGCACUCCUGUGCUAAGUUCAUUCUCUCCAUCUCCUUGCCUUUCUCAUUUUCCCCAAAUUACCUCCCUUUUGGACCCACUCAGACAGCACCUCCCCUUUAAUAUCCGUCAAACAGGAGGUACAAGUCUUGCAUCAUCCCAUCACUUUCCUACAAACCCUGACUCUAUACCGCCAUACGUGGUCAGACCUGACUUCACAUAAUUUAGCCUGACACUUUAAUGCAGUACUAUAGUUUGGGGGGGGGGUGCAGAAUGCUGUCUAAUAUAAAAGUCUUGAGGGGCUAAAUGGCCUUCUGUUAUGUUCCUAUGAUCAUCCUCUGAUUAUCACCAACUACUUUAUCAAUUCAGUGACUUUAAGCAGCCUUCACAUUUCUUAACUAUCACAGCCUUUUUCAGUCUGGUUCUAAUUUUGAAUCCACAUUCAGCGGUUUACCUUUAAGCAGUGCAUCUUGUUAUAUGGUUGUUGCAGUCCUAUAAAAGCUGCAGUUGUACCAGGCUCAAUCCAUGUUGAUUAAUAAAAGCUAAUCCAGAAAUUGGGUUUCUAUGCAAUUUGCCACAGUUGGAUAGGUACAAGUCCUGUACAGUACCUCUGCAGAUAUUGUGAAUAUUCUAAAAGGGAAGUAGCUUCACUCCAAGUACUGCUAAAGGGAGAUGGCCAAGUUCCAGCAAUUGGAAAAGAAAGAAAGACUGGCAUUUCUAUAGCGCCUUUCACAGCCUUAGGCUGUGGUAAAACUUAGCCAUUGAAUUGUGUUUCUAUCAAAUAAACAAACGCAUCUUUUGAUAUGUACAUACAAACAAACAUAUCUUUUGAUACUUUCCUUAAAUUUUCUAAUUCAUAGCUUUAGCCUGUCUCAGUAGGUUGGUUUCAGCUGGAGACUUGUACCUCAGAGCAGCUCCAUGAGUUUUCAAUCACAUCUGUGCAUUCUGGACAUAUGCAGUUUGUAGAAGUUCCCAAAGUGCAAUCUCUGCAUCAGUAGGAUUUGAAGGAUAGAAAGUUGCCAGCGUGUGUGGGUUAAAACUUUGCUGGAUUUAAAAUACUGGACUAAAGUUGUCGAUGACUUGCAAAACAUUAUUUUACACAAGGCUGGCAUUUAUUUCAGUUUUUAACUGUUUACACCCAAAUGUCAACUGUAGUAAUCAUGGUCUUUCUAUGAGCACAACAGUAAACUAGAGGGAUUCUUUAUCAUGAAUGAACUCUCUCUCUUCGCAAUCAUUUUUGAAGCUCAAGGAAUCAUAUAUAUAAAAGCUUUGAAAAGCAAAAAUAAAGGAUUUUAUGCAUUUCA